AUGGCACGGGUGGGAGAGGGAGACCCUCGGUGGAUAGUGGAUGAUCGUAAGGAUGGCCAUAAUGUCAAUUCGUGGCACUGGGAGGAGCGUGACCUUUCAAGCGAAUGCCACGAGGAACUUAAGCGACGACUAAAGAAUUUUUUACUUUUAAAGGAAGGCGACCUCGAACUGCGUGUCGAUGAAUUGAGUGAGAUCAGCGGGGAUGUGACCGUGGCGCAGCGAAAAGGAAAGAUGAUGUGCUACUUUGAGCUCAAACUGACGUUGAAGUGGUCUGCUGGGGGCGACGUCACUGGGAAGCUCACAGUGCCAGAGAUCGACCACGACAACUUCCGCGAUGAGUACGACAUUACGGUAAGUUCUACUGAGAACGACGCGGUCUCGCAGAGGGCGGAUGCAUUGCUGCGGUCGAAAGGACGUGCCGCCGUGCGGCAGGUCAUUACGAAAUACUUUGACGAGCUCUUUGAGACUUACCAGAUUGGAAAAAACUUGAAAAAUGCUUCAUCCUUGCCCCCGCCAGCCAAGAAGAGCGAGACGACUCCCGCUGCAAGUGAUGCGAAGAGUGGCACUGCGGAGACGGCUUCAAAAGACUCGGUGUCGACGAGAUUUUCGUGGAAGAUGCGCUGGCGUGUUCCUGUUGAAGAGCUGUUUACGGUUCUUAUGAACGAGCAGCGCGCCUCAGUGUACACGCGAGCCCAGGCGAAGAUUGAUCCCCGCUCCGGUGGAGCGUUCGAGUUCCUUGGAGGCGUCAUCAGCGGCUUCUUUGUGGAAGUGGUGCCGAAUGCGACGAUUAAGAUGCAGUGGCGGCUGCGUAGCUGGCCAGCCGGUGUCCACAGUUCUGUGGUGAUGGCGCUUAAAAAAGAAGAACCUGGUGUGUCGUCACUUGAAUUUGCGCAGGUUGGUAUUCCUGAGGGCGAGCUGCAAGUCGUUCAAGAGGGAUGGAAGGCAAAUUUCUUCGAUGCCAUUAAGAUGGUGUUUGGCUAUUCCAUGGAAUAUAUUUAA